UUUACAAAAAUAAAAGAAGAAAUAUUAGAAGACAAAAAAAAAAGACUAUUAAAAGCAAGUUGGAGAAUAAAUGAGCCAAAUGUUCUUGUUCUUGAAGUGUUGCCAAAACCACUUUCUUAUGACAAAAGAAAAAAAGAUUGGGUUCUAAUUAAAGCAGUAGAUGAAGAAAAACACUGGCAUGAAGUAAAGCAAACAGAAAUAGCAAGAUCAACUUUAUCCAAAUGUAAAGGCUGUAAAUUAAACCAAAAUCAAACUGCUCUAGGCUGUGAAAGAUGGAUCGAUGAAAUCAAAGUACAAGAAGAAAUUUCAGACUAUAUUAGAAAACAUAAACAACAAAUUCUAGAGUUAGACCAAGAAAUGAUAAAUUCUUUAUAA